GAAAUGUAUGUGCUGACCUCGAAUAAUAAGAGCAACAUAAUACUACCAUGAUCUUUUAGUCUAAUGAACGGACCAGAACUAUUGCCAUAUAAAAGUGUGCGAAAAAAUGCAAAUGGUGGUGGCAAAAGCAUAUGACUUAGGCUUAGCUCACAUUUCCAAAGCGGGGCCUGGCCGGGCAGCUCUCGGGAGCGAAAAGAAUAAUAUAAAAUACACCAAGAUACACGAAAUUUCCAAAUACGAUUCAUGGACAUGAUUUGUACAUAUUUCUAGGUAUGCAUUUAAACUUUUCGUUUCUUAAAACAAAUGGGCUCCGCUUUGGAAAUGUGACCUAAGCCUUAACACGCAUCCACGUUCAAUUCAGAAACAGACAAAUUGCUCCUUUAGAAUGCAUCUGGCAAAAUCCACACACAAACCAAUAGUAUCUUCUAAUAAUACCUAGUUCUGUGUAUCUUCUUAUGCCCGUCCAGCUUGCUCCGGAGUUGAGAGGACGGUGUGUACAGACGGCGACUGUGACGUCCAUGAGGUUGUCUGUGACGGGAUAGUGGACUGUGACGAUGGGAGCGAUGAAAACGACUGCGAUAAAGAGAUCUGUCCGAGUGGAGCCGCCAUCAACAAGGCAGAGGUGUGUGACGGUACAGACGACUGUGGAGACAGUACAGACGAGCAGAACUGCUGCGAGCGUCAAGGAAGGCUGGCCUGCAGCAAUGGACAGUGUAUAGAUUCACAAAAAAUGUGUGCCAAUACCCACAUACCCUGCUAUGGUGAACCGAGUGGACAAGAUGCUAGAUGUGACGAUGUGGAGGAUUGUUUGGAUGGCAGUGACGAGUCCUGCUCGGCCUCUGCCUGUAACAAUGGAGCCCUGUUCCAUCAGCUUUCUCGGUGUGACGGCAGGGACGACUGUGGGGACAACAGUGACGAGCAGAACUGUGUCUGUUACUAUCUACGGGACAGAGGGACAACCUACAGGGGCCGUGCAAACCGGGACAACUCCUGUCAGUUCUGGACAUCUCAGUAUCCCCACACCCAUAACCACACUCCCCAGGCCUACCCAUCGGCAGGGCUGGAGCGGAACUACUGUCGGAACCCGGACCGGAAGGACAGGCCGUGGUGCUACACAAACAACCCGCUCAUCAGGUGGAUGUACUGCGAGGAGGUCUUCGCCUGUUACGGUGGCUGGGUGAAGACCGACCCGACAUGGGUGACAUCAGACCUCUUGGAGGGGGCUGACGGAUUCCGAGGGACUGCCGGAUACGUCUUGGACUCCAACUUACAGACGACUUGGAGACUUGGGGAUGAAGACGCCACCUGGCAGUUGACGUUUGAUCUGCAGAAAUUCUUGACGCUUUCCAGGAUUCGCAUUUGGUACUUUGAUGCAUUCUUUAGUAACAAUCCCAUGGGCGUUACAGUCGUGGUUAUGACAGGACAGCAAUGGAUCACUGUGGCACACAACUCACACUUAAGGAGUAAUAAAAAAUUAACUAUUAAACUCUAUCUGAAAGAAAUUGACCUGACUGGGCUCUUCGUCACAGGACAGUUUUGGAGCCUGGAGUUCCCGAAUGAGUACAUGUAUCGUAGACAAAUCGGCGAGGUCAAGCUUUUCCAAGGUAAGUGCUCAGUACUUCUUAAGAUGGUAUCUCACCUGACUGGUCAUGUUAGAGAUUUGUCUUUAUUACCUUUGCCAAGAAGGUUGUAUUUUUGGUAGCGCUUGUGUUUAUUUGUUUGUGUGUAGAAUACCAUCUUACAUGUAACUCGAGAUCACCUGGAUGGAUUGUAACGAUAUUUUGUUUGACUUAACCAGUGAUGAGACCCAGAAACGAUUAGAUUUUUUGGGCCCCUAGCGGCUUGUUGCGGUACUACAACGGAACUUCCUUGUUUGAUAUCUCCUGUUCUGAACACGCCGUGGUCAUGAUUCUAAAGUGGUAGAUAGCUCUUCUGGCUAAGGGUAAGCAGUGUAGCCUUGGGCCCACUCAUGGCUUGUUUUGGAACUGUAGGGGCUGGUUUAGUGUCAGGCUUUGACAGGGAAUAACACAAGGAUGGGCUGACGAAUCUUCAUGAUUUUAGCAUGUUUUAAUAGAAAAGAUAUUACAUAAUGUCGCGAAUGGGCGUGAACAAGACGAAAAACAGUCGCCAACGGACGCAAUGACUACAAAUCUUUAUUUGAUUAAUCUUGACCAGUAUGCAUCGGUUUGUAAUUCUGCGGUCGAUUGAGAAUUUGAUUUUGUCUCUAAUCUGGAGAAAAUGUUGAG